UUCAUUAGGUCCAUGGAGAGCAACUUGUUUUCUGGAACUAUUCCCUCUGAGAUUGGGAAAUUGGUCAACUUGGAAUAUUUGACUCUUGCUGCAAACAAUUUCACUGGAGAGUUCCCUGAUCUCACUAGUCUCACCAAGUUAAAAGAACUAAGGAUCAGUAGUAACUACUUCACAGGAAGGAUGCCUGAGUUUGGCAAUUUGAAACAGCUUCAGAAGUUAGAGGUGGAAGCAAGUGGUUUCGAUGGGCCAAUUCCUUCUAGUAUAUCCAUCUUGAACAAGCUAGUAGAAUUAAGGAUUACUGACUUAAAUGGGGAGAUGAGCUCAGAUUUUCCGAACUUGAUGAACAUGACAAACAUACAAAGAUUGGUGCUGAGGAGCUGUAAUUUAAGAAGAAAUAUUCCGAAAUAUAUUCGAAAUUUGAACAUUCUAGAAAUCUUAGAUCUCAGCUUCAAUAAGCUAGAAGGGGAACUUCCAAAUUUUGUAAAUAUAAGAAAACUGAGGAAACUAAGAACAAGGGUGGACAUAGAUGGAUCCUGUAUUGGUUUUAGAGGACCAAGGGGGCCAAUUUUCGGCACCUUUGUUUAUGAGGAGGAGAAGAAAAUUCGUUUCUAUUGCAGCAAAAAUAAAAGGCUUAUCAGCAAACUAGAAUGGUGGUUUGAGAAGAAGUUACAAGUAAAACAAGAGAGUGAAAGAGAAUUAGCUUUUGAAUUCAAGUGCAAAGGAAGACUUGCUGGUUCCAUCUCUAAUUGA